AUGAAUCGCACGUUAAAGGGAAUUCUGACAGCUUAUGUAAAUAAGGACCAUAAUGAUUGGGACGAUCACUUACCACUGGCCUUGUUUGCAUACCGUAACAGUGUGCAUUCCUCGUCUGGGGUUUCACCUUUCCAGGCAAUUUAUGGUCGCGAAGCCACUACACCGCUGGUACUUAUGGACACCGAAACUGAAGUUAAGGAACAGUUUAUUUCAAAUUACUGUGAUGAACUGGAGAAGACAUUAAAGGACGUACAUCGCAGCAUCAAAACGAACAUUGACGUGGCGCAAAGUAAGCAGAAGAAAGGGUACGACGAACAUAAUGACGUUGACCGAAGUACAGCGCUAAAGGAAGGGGAUCGGGUGUGGCUCAAUAACAAAGCGGUACCAAAGGGCUUGAGCCGAAAAUUCCAUUCACCGUGGACGGGGCCUUACGUAGUGAUCAAGAGACUGGGCAAGGUAAACUACCAUAUCAAGCCGGGGCCUGGGAACGGUAAGACAAGAGUGGUACAUCGCAAUCGACUUAAGCUAGACAUCCGCCAGCCUAGAAUCGAAGAAACCCUGUCUGUUGAUCAACCAGAAAAGCACAACUCGAGAGUCGAAUUGCUCCCAGGCGAGCCAGUGAUACAUCACGGAGAGAGGCUGGCGGACGCACAGCUGUUACCAGCAGAGGAGCUGAUCCAAUUGCGUAGGUCUAACCGUAAUCGCCGACAACCUGAUAGAUAUCAGGAUUAUAACUUAGAUGAACUAGAGAUCGAGGACGCUCUCAAUUAA